AUGUCGUUAUCUGUGUGUGUCUGCAAGCCGGGUGCGUAUGACCCCACUUUCCAAAAGUUAUUCGAUCCGCUGCUGAAUAAGGUGAAGAGGAUCGUAUUCGGUGAGAAAGUUAUCGAUUUCGCGGAUGUGAAAAAGGGAAAUGAAGCAAUCGCGCUAUUUGUGGAGGCGGCAAUUUCACGUGAUGUGAUCAAAGAUCUCUGCGAUGACUAUGGCCUCAAAGAUAGACGAGUUAAAUUUAUUUACUCCUCCACGGUGGGCGUCGACAUCUACAAUUUUCACGAAAUGAAGAGGGAAAUCGCGAAUAUCAACGUCUACAACGGCCGAGGCUGCUACACCGUCGCCCUCAAGGAGCACGUGCUCUUUUCGGUGUUGUAUUUCAACCGCCAAUGCUGGCGAAUGAAUCAAUCGAAGGCGCUGAAGAAGUGGGAUCGAUAUAACAUGAUUUUGCUCGGCGGGCAGAAGCUGGUGAUCGUUGGCUACGGGGAAAUCGGGCAGAGCUGCGGGAAGGCGGCCGCGGCGUUGGGGAUGGACGUCAUCGGCAUCCGCAAAACCCCCCCCACGCGGGAAUUCGACGAGAAUGGGGUGAGGUUGAUGCCCCUUUCCGCUGUCGGGGAGGCAAUCGCCGACGCGGACGUCGUCCUCGCGGUGCUCCCGUUAACCGAAGAAUCCAGAGGGUAUUUUAACCAAGCAUUCUUCCGUCAGAUGAAGCCGAGCGCGAUUUUCAUCAACAUCGGCCGCGGCUCCACGCACUGCGAGAAGGAUCUCGUGGAGGCGCUCCAGCAAGGCGUCAUCCGCGGCGCCGCGUUGGACGUCUUUGAGGUGGAGCCGCUCCCGCAAACCUCGCCGUUGUGGGAGAUGCCGGAUGAUAAACUCCUCUUGACCUCGCACUGCGCGGAUUUCUAUGAGGAGAUGGAUCAGGUGUAUGUGGACCGGUUUAUUAAAAUCACCGAGGCGUUUCUGCAGAAUCAACCCAUUAAUGAGUACCUUGUUGACGUUAAUCGGUCGUACUAG